CCCCUGGACUGGCACUGGCCUCGCACUCCUUCCCACCCAUCACCGACCGAGCCCUCUGCCCGGGGAGCAGCCAUGCCUUACCUCUACCGGGCCGCGGGGCCCCAGGAGCACCCGGCUCCCAGGGACGCCCGCAGCACCCACUCCUCCAGGCAGAGCUUCGAGCAGCUGAGGCAGGAGUGCCUGCAGAAGGGCAUCCUGUUUGAGGAUGCCGACUUCCCGGCCAACAGCUCCUCUCUGUUCUACAGCGAGAGGCCCCAGAUCCCCUUCGUGUGGAAACGGCCAGGGGAAAUAGUGAAAAAUCCAGAAUUCAUCCUUGGAGGGGCCACCAGGACUGACAUCUGCCAGGGGGAGCUCGGCGACUGCUGGCUGCUGGCCGCCAUCGCCUCCCUCACGCUCAACGAAAAGGCGCUGGCGAGAGUCGUCCCCCAAGAUCAGAGCUUUGGCCCCGGCUACGCUGGGAUAUUCCACUUCCAGUUCUGGCAGCACAGCGAGUGGCUGGACGUGGUGGUGGAUGACCGGCUGCCCACCUUCAGGGACCGCUUGGUCUUCCUCCACUCCGCCGACCACAACGAGUUCUGGAGCGCCUUGCUGGAGAAAGCCUACGCCAAGCUGAACGGGAGCUACGAGGCUCUGAAGGGGGGCAGCACCAUCGAGGCCAUGGAAGACUUCACCGGGGGCGUGGCGGAGACCUUCACAACCAGAGAGGCUCCGGAGAACUUCUAUGAGAUUCUGGAGAAGGCCUUGAAGAGGGGCUCCCUGGUGGGCUGCUCCAUCGACAUCAGAAACUCCGCGGAGUCAGAAGCCCGGACGCCUUUUGGUCUUAUUAAGGGCCACGCCUACACCGUGACGGGGAUUGACCAGGUCAGCCUCCGAGGCCAGAGAACCAAGCUCAUCCGAGUGCGGAACCCGUGGGGCCAGGUGGAGUGGAACGGGUCCUGGAGCGACAGCUCCCCCGAGUGGCGUGCCGUCGGCCCCGCUGAGCAACAGCGCCUGCGCCACACCGCUCUGGACGAUGGAGAGUUCUGGAUGGCCUUCGGCGACUUCACGGCCCACUUUGACAAAGUGGAGGUCUGCAACCUCACGCCCGACGCCCUGGAGGAGGACACUCCGCACCGGUGGGAGGUCACGGUCCACCAAGGAAGCUGGGUGCGGGGCUCCACGGCCGGUGGCUGCCGCAACUUCCUGGAUACCUUUUGGACCAACCCGCAGAUAAAGCUGUCCCUGACCGAGAAGGACGAGGGGCAGGCGGAGUGCACGCUGCUCGUGGCUCUGAUGCAGAAGGACCGAAGGAAGCUCAAGAGGUUCGGCGCCGACGUGCUGACCAUCGGCUACGCCAUUUACCAGUGCCCGGGCAAAGAGGAGCACCUGAGCAAGGACUUCUUCCGGUACCACGCGUCCCGGGCCAGAAGCAAAACCUUCGUCAACCUGAGAGAAGUCUCCGACAGGUUCAAGCUGCCCCCCGGGGAGUACAUCCUGAUUCCCAGCACCUUCGAGCCGCACCAGGAGGCCGACUUCUGCCUGAGGAUCUUUUCGGAGAAGAAAGCCGUCACCCGGGACCUGGACGGAGAUGUGGACGUUGAGCUUCCCGAGCCCCCGAAGCCGACGCCGCCGGCCCAGGAGACGAAGGAGCACCAGGAGUUCAGGGCCCUGUUCCAGCGCAUCGCCGGGGAGGACAUGGCGGUGAACGCGGAAGAACUCGAAUACGUUUUAAAUGCUGUGCUGCGAAAGAAAAAGGGCAUCCGAUUCAAGCAGCUCAGCCUGGUCUCCUGUAAAAACAUCAUUUCGCUAAUGGAUACCAGUGGCAACGGGAAGCUGGAGUUCGAUGAGUUCAAGGUGUUCUGGGACAAACUGAAGACGUGGAUAGACCUCUUCCUUCAGUUCGACGCGGACAAGUCCGGCACCAUGUCCUCCUACGAGCUGCGCACCGCCCUGAGAGCCACAGGCUUUCAGCUGAGCAGCCACCUCCUGCAGCUGAUCGUCCUCAGGUAUGCGGACGAGGAUCUCCAGCUGGGUUUCGACGACUUCCUCAACUGCCUGGUCCGGCUGGAGAAUGCCAGCCGGGUGUUCCAGGCCCUCAGUACGAAGAACAAGGACUUCAUUCAUCUCAACAUAAACGAGUUCAUCACCCUGACCAUGAACAUCUGAGGCCUCCCUGGUGAGAAGCAGCCGGUCCAGCUGGGGCUUGACUUUUGGGCUGUGAACUUCCUGGUGCAGAGCCCCCACCCCCCCUUCCGUUGUCGACCCCCUUCCUCCCCGACGACCCCGCCCUUCAUCCUGACCUGGGAAGACCGGAGUGGACUCCGCGGUGCUGACCCUGUGCUGCCUCUCCGUGAGGUCGCCGCCCCGGGAGGGCCAAGGCCACCCGCUGUGCCCUGCGUCGGGGUCCGGGCACCUCUGCCAGCCCCUCCUGCACUUCCCCCGCGUCCCCCCAUGACUAGUUACUCACGGGUCCAGCGCUCGGAGCCCCGGCUUUCAUGCAGCUCCGGCCACUGGCUGGCCUGGCACAGGAAGGGAAGGCGUGCGGCCGUCACUGAGCAUUUUCUCCCCCACUGGGGGGGUGGUUCCCCCCUGGGGCCAACAUCAGGGGGUCCUGGGUGCGGACUGGUAGGAGCAGGGCAAUGUGAAACUCCCCGCCCCCUCCCCUGAGGGCCGGACAGUCUCCGUCUGCUCCAGACAGUCUGUCCCCAGAGCUCUUGGGACAGGACAGCCCACGCAGUGCCACUUCUCCCCAGGGAGUCCGGUUCCAGGUCAGACUGGACUUCACCCCUCUCCUCCUCAGCGGUGGGAAGCGGCAGGGAGGAGGCUCGCUCCUGCUCCCGACCCCGGACAGGAAACCCCACCCAGCUGGAGGGAUGCGAAAUAAAGGAGAAGAUACAUAUGGCUCGAUAAAUGCCAGGCCUG